UCGCAGCUGGAACGACUGUCAAAGCUAAGCAACCUACAUUUACACAGAGGAGAGAUCCUAUAAGAUGAAGACAUGAGCUUUUACAGAUUUGUCGGUCCUCUUCUUGAACCUGCAUGUUGUCUCCGACUGGAUGAUGAGAUUGCACCUACUCAGGGAUCUGAUACUAAACUGUGUACUGCACUGCACUGAGAAGAAAUGCACUGCAAAAGGCAAAGAUGCUGUGUCUCGUGUUUCAGCAGGAUAAGUGUAUCUCGGUGUGCACAGUAGAUGUUGUGCGGUUCAGCUGUCUCUUGCAUGUUGCAGUAGAUGUACAACUAUUGGCCUGCAUUCUGAACACCGCCCCAGACAAUGCAGCUUAGAGGUGCAGCCAGAUCAGCUAGAGUCUGCUAUACCAGGUCAUCUGACAGUCUUGUGCUUUAGGAUGGGCUCCAAACUGGGAUACAGUAAUUAUACUGUAGCUGUGGCAGAGCAAUCAAAGGCAGGUUGCCUGGAGAUUAACUCUGUGAAGGGAGGGACUUGUGGAGCAUGAUGGAGCACAGCUGGGCAUCUUCUGAAUUGGACCUGACCCAGAUUCGGCUGAUCGUGUAUCAGGAUUGUGAGCGCAGAGGCAGACAGGUGCUGUUCGACUCAAAAGCGGUCUGCAAAAUCGAUGAAUCAGCGCAGAAAAAUGCAGAUGUUCAGGCCAAAACAUAUGCCAAGUGCUGCCAGACCAACAGGAGUGGAGCCUGCACAAUCAAUCCCCAGAAUGCCCCAUUGGCUGGUAAACCCAAUGAAAAAGAACAGCUGCCGAGAUACCAGUAUUCAAGGCCUGCUUCUGAUGUCAACAUGCUUGGUGAAAUGAUGUUUGGAUCAGUUGCUAUGAGCUACAAAGGUUCCACAUUAAAAAUCCAUUAUAUACGCUCCCCUCCUCAGCUGAUGAUCAGUAAAGUCUUUUCUGCUAGAGUGGGCAGUACCAAUGGAAGUAGAAACACGUUGCAAGAUAGCUUGGAAUACAUCAACCAGGAAUCCAGUGCCGGAAAGUCAUUCCCAAAUCAGAGCGGUGUGGGUGUCUUCCGCAGCAGCAUAGGUCUUUUGCAGCUUUACAACAAACUGCUGACUGGCGCUCCUGACCCAGCUCCGUUCUGCCUCAUUCGGAGCGCUUCUUUCUUUGCAGCUCACAGCACACCUGUUGACAUGCCAAGCCGAGGGCAAAAUGAAGACCGAGACAGUGGUAUUGCUCGAUCAGCAUCCCUAAGCAGCCUUCUUGUUACCCCAUUCCCGUCGCCAAGCAACUACUUCUCCAGCAGCUGUGCCAGCAGCUACCAGCGGCGCUGGCUGCGCAGUCAGACCACCAGCCUCGAGAACGGGCCUGUGCCACGGUGGUACACUGAUGAAACCUUUAGCCUGACAGAUGAAAGCUGCGGCUCCAACCCAGCGAUGAUCAAGAGAAAGAAAAUCGCUGUCAGUAUUAUCUUCUCUCUCUCUGAGAAGGAGGGAGAAAACAGGAGCUUUCAGGAUUUCUUUUUCUCUCACUUCCCACUGUUUGAAUCCCACAUGAGCAAGCUAAAGACUGCAAUAGAGAAGGCUAUGAUUUUGAGCAGGAAGACCGCUGAAUCCAGUCAGCGGGUCCAAGUUUACUUAUGUGGUGUUGUGGAUGCCUUAGGAGAGUUCAGGACAACUAUCUGGAAUCUGUACAUGGCACCAAGAAUCACAGAGCCAGUGUGGUUAACAAUGAUGUCUAAUACAGUGGAGAAGAGGCAACUCUGUCAGCACUUUCUUAAAGACCUCACACUUUUAGCAGAGCAGACCUCCAAGAACCAGUUUCUGUCUGGUUUGCUGACGGCUGUCCUGACCUACCACUUGGCCUGGGUUCCUACAGUAAUGCCAAAUGAUCAUCCUCCCAUCAAGGCAUUCUGUGAGAAGCACACCUCUCAGUCAGUGGACUUGCUGGCCAAGUCGCACCCUUACAAUCCCCUCUGGGCACAGCUAGGUGACCUUUAUGGAGCCAUCGGCUCUCCUGUCAGACUGACCCGGACGGUUGUUGUGGGGAAGCGCAGGGAGCUAGUUCAGCGAUUCCUGUAUGUCCUCACCUACUUCAUCCGAUGCUCAGAUCUACAGGAGAUACAGCCGAGCACGAGCGGGAAGGCUGAGGAUGGAGAGCCUGUUCAAACCACCACCAAAAUCACCACCACACUUGAGAAAGGGGAGGUGGAGGAUUCUGAGUACGUAGUGGUCACAGUCCAGAGCGAAGCCAGCCAGAAGUGCUCUGAGAAACCGCAGGACAACACCACGGAGCCAGCCAGCAGUCCAGAGAGUCCGGGCAUAUCCGCUAAAGACAAACUGCUGACAUCUCCUAAAGCUAGGUACAGAGAGAAUGAUAAACUGAGCUCUGCUAGGACAACGUCACAUACAGAUGCCACCCUCAUUUGCGGCAGUCUGAAAUCUUGCCGGGAAGUGGCUACUGGCAGUCUGGAGGUUAAAAAGGAGAUGUUGGUCAAUGUGACUGGGGCAGCAGCCGGCAGCAUACGCUGUUUGGCAGGGAUGGAGGACUGCUCGACCACAGCAUUCGAGUACAGUCCUUCAAAGGAAAAUAAAUCCAUCAUCACGUCUUCACAGGACCUACCUUGCCUCAAAAUGCCCAAUCAUCACAGUCCCCAUUUGCAGAGGGUGAGAUUCCAGAUUGGGAGUUCUGUCUCUCCUGAUUCAGAUCUCGAGAGCAGGAGGAGAGAAAUGGAUAACAAUUACCAGAAAUUCAGGGAAACCGCGGACAAAGAAGUAAAAAGUCACCAGAGCGGUCCAGACAGUCCCCUACCAGUCUCUCCAACAGAGGCCCAAAGUGAAUCAGUCACAUCGUCAUUCAAGUCCCGUUUAAAGCACUGCUAUGCCAGAAUUCCAUCUUGUGAGGGCAGUACCAGCAUGUUUGAUGAAUAUUUUUCAGAAGAUAACACGAUUAUCACUCCAGCUGAAUGUAGGGCAGUCCCCUGUGGGGAAGCUGAGAGAAAAGUGACAUUCAGCAUAGAAGCUGACAUUCCUAGGAACGAGAGUUCAGACAGUGCUCUGGGAGACAGUGAUGACGAAGACGUACCCCAAAAUCGUAUCUCUCGGCAGAGCUGUGGAGGAAAGAUGGACGAAAACCGAGAAGAGUACGAGUUGCCACUUCCUAGUACAGAAACUGUCAUCCAGAAAAAUGCAAACAACUUUGGAAGAUCCCUAUUUGGUGGCUAUUGUCCGCAAUACAUGCCAGACUUUGUAUUGCAUGGAGUAAGCACAGAUGAAAGGCUAAAGCAGUGUCUAAUGGCAGAUCUUGAUCACACAGUCAGACAUCCAGCCUUAGAUGAGCCAAUAGCAGAAGCUGUCUGUAUUAUUGCGGACACAGACAAGUGGACAGUGCAAGUGGCUACGAGUCAGAGGAGACCGGUGGACAACAAUAAGCUAGGAAAAGAUGUCCUGGUCUCCAGCCUUGUCACCAGCCUGCUCCAGUCCAUUCUACAGCUCUAUAAACUCAAUCUCUCCCCUGAUUUUUGUAUCAUGCAUCUUGAGGACAGACUUCAAGAGUUGUACUUCAAGAGCAAGAUGCUAUCAGAAUACCUAAAGGGACACACAAGAGUGCACGUAAAGGAGCUGGGAGUCGUACUGGGGAUUGAAUCUAAUGACCUUCCUUUGCUGGCUGCAGUGGCGAGCACCCAUUCUCCUUACGUUGCUCAGAUUCUGUUAUAAUUUAUUCUCUCAGGAUAUCCAUUUCCAAAACCAGUUUAUAAAUUGGGGUUAGAAAGAGAGUACAGCCCUGUACAGAAGAACAGGCAGUAUAAGUCCUAGCAUGUACCCCAAUCCAGCCGUGUGUGCUACCAAAAACCGUGCGCUGAGACACUGAAGAUAGAGGUGUGACCUAUUGUGGGGAAUCUUACUACAUAAACUAAGCAGAACCUGGGAAUUGAACUUUUAUAGUUAGGGUUUCUGCUGCAAUGACAGUAAUACUGCCCAGUAAGUGGGCGUCUGUGUAAUUUAGCUUUCUAAAGAGUGUGCAUAGCUUUCCCACAAAGAACAAUUGGAUGAAGCUCAACACUUAAAUGUUGAUGAAUGUUUUGUCAUUGUAUGAAAAUAUUGGAACAAAACCCAGCAGCUGUUUAACAAUAAAAAAAGGGGGGGGGGGUUAUGUUAAAAAAAAAAAAAGGGUGGGGGUUAUGUUAAAAAAAAAAAAAAAAAAAAAAAAAAAAAAAAAUCCAGCUGUCUUUAAACUUCCUCUUAGCAUGACAAGCUGGGUGGUUUCUAUGAAAGUAUUCACACAAUUGUUUGUUUUGUGUUUUUUUUUUUAAAGGGACAAAAAACCCUUUAGAUUAUUGGUUUUAAAAGGGAAGCCUUAUCUGGUCUCAAGUAUGUUUACAGGAAUAUUUGCUGAAGCAGCAAAUAGUUCUCUUGGAAUAGAGUUCUCUUAGAAGACCAAUAUGCUUAUCAUCGUGGUCUUAAUGUUACAAAUACUGUGGAAAACUGCAUGCUUUGACAGGAACUGGAAUUAUAGGGUUCUUAAUUAUAAUUGAUCCGUAAAAUAUAUUCUAUAUUAAUCUGUUCAUUAUUUUCCCUCUGGUCAUUUUUUUUGGUUCUUAACGUGAAUCAAGCCUUAGUACAACCUAACAAUACAGGAAGUUGUAUGUAGGCAAUAUUUAAAAAUAAAUUAGGACAAUCUUCAUUAAAAUAAUAAAACAUAGCACUGCGCCAUGUUUUACGGGCAACUUUUUUUCUAAAGCAAAAAAUAAGUUACAAAAUGAUGUACCUGCCCACUAAUGUCAUAGUGCUUUCAAAAAGCAGUGAUCCAAAUAGCUGGAUGAUGUUUCUGAAUCCUACCACUUUAUAUUGUUGCUGUAGGAAAAAAUUAAAAAGUAUGUGUGUGUGUGUGUGUAUUUAUAUAUAUAUAUAUAUAUAUAUAUAUAUAUAUAUAUAUAUAUAUAUAUAUAUAUAUAUACACACACACACACACUGUCUGCAGGCCCAUUUUUGUAGGUACAUUAUGUCUUUAUUACAUGUACUUUAAGAGCUAGAAGUAAUAUUCCAUUGUUUGCUUUAGUUUAAAUAUAACUACUCAUGGGUACAUUUUACAUGCCCAGCUACUGUGCCUAUAUGACAUUUUACAUUCAUCAUGGUGGUGUUUUGAAUUGAAAACUUAUUUCCCUGUUUUAAAAUGACAGUUGCAUUGGUUAGCCAUGUGCAUUUACAUCCUCUGACCAUAGUCCACUGUGAAUGAAUGCUGCUUUUUCAUUGUGCUUGGUAUGUUUCCAGGCAUAUUCAAACAUACAAUGCAAAACAAGCUUUUAUAUUUUGCUACAGACUUACUUCCUUGACAUUUCUAAACACUAACUGUGUUUUACAGACUUGCAGUGGUAAUAUAAGCUUUAAUGAAUAUUUAGUUUUUAACAAUGGCAUUUAUUGCAAUGGUGGUUCUAAACUGACAAAAAUUCUUACUGUUUUUCUUUUUUCUUAACUAAAUACUACCUCAUUUGGCAGGAUUUGACCCUUUUAGGGUUUGUAGUCUGACCUGUCAAAACAUUGUCUGUAUCUUUUAUGUAGCAACUUGCUCUUCAUUCAAGCUUGUUGUGAUUGAGAAACGAAAGACGCUGAACUGCUUGUAACAAAAGAUUUGUUUUGUCUUUGUGGUAGCAUGUUUGUAGUUUUAAAUUUUGUGCACAAUGACAUGGGCAUGAGAAUGAAACAUUAUUGAAUGUAUGAAGAAACUGAAAUGUAUGUAUCUAAAGUUUAACACACAUACUGGUAUAACUGAUCAGGUUUGUAAUUUGUUGUUCUAUCAGUAUUGGUUAUUUUUUUUAUUUUAACAUGCCAUGUUUUAAUAAAUUGUAGAUACAGCAGAUAAA